AUGCCUCAGGGUCAGAAGAGCAAGCUCCGUGCCCAUGAAAGACACGGCCAGGCACAAGCAGAGCCCCAGAAUCCAGUAAGCGCUCGGGCCACUGCAGCAGGGGGAGGAGAGCUUUGCUCUUCCACCUCUUCUCGUUUCAAAAGUUUGUCUGCUGCUGGGUCAUGCAGCAAUCCCCAGGGUCCUCAGAGAGCCCCAUCCACAGCCACUACUGGGUCCCCAGGGUCCUCAAGAGCCCCAUCCACAUCGAACGAAGACGCCAACUACCAAGUGGAGGAAUGGCCAAAAUCCUCCCAGGCCCACCCCACUACUGAGCCCUCCCAGAGAGGCCCUCUAGAUGAGAAGGUGAUUCUGCUGGUAUAUUAUCUGCUGUACAAGUAUCAAAUGAAAGAGCACAUUACCAAGGGAGAAAUGCUGAGAAAUGUAAUCCAAGUGUACAGGAAACACUUCCUGGAGAUCCUCAAGAAAGCCUCUGCGCACCUAGAGAUGGUCUUUGGCCUUGAUGUCAAGGAAAUGGAUCCCUAUCGGCACAUCUAUAUCCUCGUCAACAAGCUGGACCUAAGCUAUGAUGCAAUGGCAAGUGGUAACAGAGAGAUUCCCAAGACUGGCUUGUUGAUGACUAUUCUAGGUGUGAUCUUCAUGAUGGGCAAUUGUGCCACCGAGGAGCAAAUCUGGCAAAUAUUGAAUGUGAUGGGACUAUAUGAGGGGAGGAAUCACUUCAUAUUUGGAGAGCCCAAGAAGCUUAUCACCAAGGAUUUGGUGAAAGAAAAUUACCUAGAGUAUUGCCAGAUGCCUGAUAGUGAUCCUCCAUGCUUCGAGUUCCGGUGGGGUCCAAGAGCCUAUGUUGAAACUACCAAGAUGAAAGUCCUAGAAUUUAUAGCCAAGAUCCAUGAUUCCGUACCAAGUGCCUACUCAUCCUGGUAUGAAGAAGCUUUACAAGAUGAAGAAGAGAGAGCACAGGCCAGAGCAGCAGCCAAGGCUCGUAUUGCUGCCAUUGCCAGUGCACGCUCCAAGGCCUUGAUCAGCAGCUCCUCCUACACUAAGUGA